AUGGCUACUCUCAACAUUGGAGGAAACAAGAAUGACAAAUUCCAUCGAUACAAGAUGCCACGUCUUGUAGCCAAGGUGGAAGGAAAAGGGAAUGGUAUCAAGACUGUCAUUCCAAACAUGUCUGACAUUGCAAAAUCGCUGGCCCGUCCUCCUGCUUAUCCUACAAAGUUCUUUGGUUGUGAACUGGGUGCUCAAGUAACUUUGAAGGAAAAGGAAGACAAGUAUAUUGUCAAUGGUGCUCAUGAUGCUCAAAAGUUGCAAGACUUGUUGGAAAAAUUCAUCAUCAAGUUCGUCUUGUGUACUGGUUGUGACAAUCCAGAGACCAACUUGAGCAUUGAAAAGGAUGGAACUGUCAUGCGUAAUUGUAUCGCAUGCGGUGCUCGCAGUGCUGUAGACAUGCGACACAAACUCGUCACCUAUAUUCAAAACCACCCGCCAGAAGGUGCUGCUAUCCCUGGAAAGAAGGGCAAGAAGGCUGCCGCUGCUGCUGCUGCUUCAUCUGCUGCUGGUGGAUCUGCUUCAGAUGAGGACGCAAAGCCUGUUGAGGAUGUAGCAAACCGUGUCCGUGAUAUGACGAUGAAGACUACUCCUGUGCCUGAAGAUGAUGAUGAUGAGGAAGGAGAAGGCAAGUACUGCUCAUUCUCUUGUUCUAUUAGCACCACCUUUAUGCUCCCUCGUUGGACUACAUCCAGUGUUACUUACCACCUUCCUCAUGGUUUAGACCCUUUGAAGGAAUUCACUGAGUACUUGUCUGCUCAUCCAAAGGCUUCUGAUGACGAUAUCGUCUCUGCUGUCAGCGAAAUGGGCAUUCGUCAAGACAAGGCCAUCCUCGUCAUUGCCUCUGAACUCUUUGAUGCCAACGUUGUUGACGAGAAGCAAAUCAGCACUCGUGCUCCUCUCAUUAAACGUCUACUCAAGACUUGUAAAAAAGAUAAAGGCCAAAAAGCCUUAUUGGGAGGCUUUGAGCGUCUUGUAGGUGUCAAGCAGCGCACUCUUCUCCCUCGGGUUUCCAAAGUCCUUCAUAUGGCUUACGAAGAAGAGAUCCUCACUGAAGAAGCCAUCCUGGCUUGGGCUGCCAAGAGCUCUAAAAAAUAUGUAGAUCGUAAAGUCAGCAAGGAAGUCCAUGAAAACGCUGCCAAGUUUAUCGAAUGGUUGGAAAACGCCUCUGAGGAAGAGGACGAAGAAGAUGAUGAUGACGAUAACGAUGGUGAGGAAGAGGAAGACGAUGAUGAAGAAGAGGAAGAUGAUGAAGAAGAGGAGGGUCAGAAGUGA